AUGAAGACCACAAUCGCCCUCGCCUUUCUCCUCACCCUCGUCUCCGCACGCGCGCUCACGCCGCAAAAGGCCCGCCGCAGCGCAACAACCCACAGAACACUCGGAAAGCGUGAAGUACCACAGGAACACUCGCACGAGAAAUUCCUCACUCUCACCGGCGCCGCACUCAACCUCGAUAAUCCUGACCAGAUUGCGGAUCCUGUGUUUGGGCUCUUGGGGAAUGCUGCUGCCAUAAAGGGUGCUGGCAAGAUCACGGAUGCCGACUGCCUCCAACAAGCCACUGCAGACCAAGCAUUCACCAAUGCCAAAGCCGCCGGUGACGUCAACGGCAUGGUAGCGGCCCUCGUCUACCGAACCCUCGAGCGCAACACCGGUAGCGUUGGUCUCGCCAGCGUCCUCUGCACCAGUAUCACCGCCGUCAACCCCGAGAUCGCCGCAUUGACUCAACACCAAGACCCAGCCAGUGCCGGCGCCGCAGCAACAAACAAGGCCAUUGCCCUCGAACUCGCCGUCCAGAUUGACUCUGUAGGCGGCGACCCCCAGGUCGCACUCCAGUCAGGUACCUUCGCGCCCGGCCAGAUUGGAGACCCAACGGGUGCUGGAAACACCUGCGACACCUUGGACGAUCCCGAGGGGUGCAUCUUUACCGAGAACCUGCUAGUGGAGGACGCAACGGCGGCCGAGAUUGCGGCUGCUGUUGCGGCGGGGAGUGGGGCUGCUGCUGUGGGCGAGGAUGCUGCUGCUGGGGCUGGGAAUGGUACGGCGGUGGAUGCUGGUGCUGGUGCAGCCGCUGGGAAUGGUACAGAGGCGGCUGCGGGUGCUGGUGCAGCCGCUGGGAAUGGUAAAAAGGCGGCUGCGGGUGAUGGUGCGGCGGCGGGAGAUGCUGCUGCAGGAGAUGCGGCGGCGGCGGCGGGGGAUGUAGAGGAGGUGUUGUCUGAGACGGACCUGGAUGCAAAUACGGUGCUGAGGUUGACGAAGAUUACGAAGGCAGCGGCUGCCGCUGCUGAUGGUGCUGCCGCUGCUGAUGGUGCUGCUGCGGCCGAUGGUGCUGCUGCUGGGAAUGGAAAGAAGGUGAAGGCGAAGGCCGCGAAGGGGAAGAAGAAUAAUAAUAAGAACUAG